AUGCCUAACGAUAUUGGCCUUGUGCUAUACGAAAAUGCGAUUGGACAAUUGAAUCCUCUCGGUCAAACGGGAUUAAGAUACAAUUAUACAAGACCGCGCACUGAUGCCCCGAUGCUUUUCAGCGGCUUCAAGUAUAAUGUUCAGUCUUGGCCACGCGCGUUAGCCGAAACUGUGGCCAACUUGGUCCUUUACCGAACCUCCCACAAGAGGAGCCCGAUCGGGAUCCAGGUGAUAGGAGGCCAUUUUGCUUCUUCUGAGGGAGAGCCUGAUAAGCCAAAGAAGUCUAGAGUAUGGCCAAAUAGCAAAUAG